GUCAGUGCUAAGUACUGCAGCGUAGGUUUCCCCCCCUCAGAUAUGUUAUACUGUGUACGUUACUAACAAGUGUAGGAACAGGUGUUACUCAGGUGCCUGCGGGCCAAUUGAGUCAAACUUCUAUCGAUAAGAGGCAAGCGCUUACGAUCAGUGGUAAGAAUGGCGUCUAUGGAAGAGCAGGUGACACAUUUCGAGAUAAAGCUAGGACCACCUCCUUGCGUUCGGUUUCUCAGUUGGAUCCUUUUCCCUUCUCGAACGAUUUCAUCCUUAGGCUUUGUCUGCAAUGUCCUAUUACUUCUCCAACCAGCCGCCCGAUGCACAACCGUAUUACGAGCCAGUCCCAUACCAACAAACUGCCAGUCCCAGGACAGAUACUCAAUCUGAUACCAGCCUUCUCGAGCAGAUUCUCGACGUCCUCCAGAACCCCACAAUUGCCAAGGAAAGAGCACAGAAUGCGCUUUCUAAAUUUUGGGCAACAUACAAAACUGUGUCUGACGAGUACGACGACGACAUGUUAGAGAGGUGUAAUGGGAAUAUGGAUAUAGUCCUGAUCUUCGUACGUGAAACACGUCGCUAGUUCAACAGCAUCCAACACAAGUAACCGGCAGGCUGGUCUAUUUGCCACUGUCAAUACUGCAUUUAUCAUUGCAAUGCAGCCAAAUCC